ACUUACCCUACAAAUACCGUGUGAAAGUGCUCUUCUCAAGAGCUUUUAAAAUUGUCAGCGUAUUACAACAGUCGUUAAUGUCAAAUAUGCCAAUGCCACGGUCCAGGAAAUUUGAUGUACUAUUAGUACUUAUUACUAGCGCACUUCACUGCGUUCAUGAUUGUUAUUCAGUACUACUGAGUCUACUGCGCAAAGUAUUCAAAAAAAAUGUCGUCAACAGAGCCGCUGCAAAAUUCUCAUUUGGGGUCGAUUGCGAAUAUAAACCUAAAGAUUUUAUUGCCGAAGGAGCAUAUGGAAGCGUUUUUAGAGCUGCCAUUGUUCGCCGUGGAAAAUUCAGGGGAGACGAAACGGUCGCCGUGAAAUCAGUGAAACUUUAUGAAAUGCAACGUGCACUGGCAACGCCAAAAAGUUACAUUAGCCUGCGCAAAAGAUUAGACAAAUUACUAAAACUGCAUCAUGAUAAUGUGGUCAAGAUUCACCAGAUAAGCAUCAGCUCGGAUGAUGCGAAACUGCCCGUCGUCGAGCUGAUGAUGGAUUAUUACUGUGAUGGCGACUUGCGGAAUUACCUACAAAAGCUAAAACGAAGCAACAUGUUUCUCGAUCAUCCGACCAUCCUUCGAUUCCUAACCGAUAUUGCGAGCGGUAUUCGAUAUUUUCAUUACAAUAACAUUAUACAUGGAGACUUGAAACCGGAAAAUAUCCUCUUUAUGCCUUUGGAACACGGUGGAAAAAGGCUUGCGAUUGGUGACUAUGAUGGCUACCUUAAGUCCAAAGGUGGUGGUGCUGUAACCAAUUAUGGUGUCAAACGGCCUGUUGUACUCCACGCUAUAUGUCGCCUGAAAUGAUGCGCUUUUUCAUGAAAGAAGAUUUUGGUAAAAAUCCGGAGUUGGCAACAGAUAUCUGGAGUUUUGGCUGUAUUGCGCUUGAUUUGUUGGACGGUGUAAAUGGUGACCGACGAAGGAAGUUGGUGUCCAAGGGAGCCGAUUCCGUGCCAAAUGAGGAAGCAGUUGAUGAAAACACGACACUAGAGCGUUACAGCUACCUUUAUUCAAUAGGUUAUGCUCCCUUCGUGCAUAGCAGCAUUUGGAUCAACGUAAAUGGGGCGGGAGGAAAUGGGAUAAAUUUAGCGCAUUGUAUUGAAAGAUGUUUUGCUAUUUGUGGGAAGGAGAGGAUAACGGCGGACCAACUCCUGUAUGAGCUUCUGACAACUAAACAAGCACCUUCAACUAUCUUAAAACAAGUUGAUGCAGCUACAUCGAGGUUGAACCAUCUUGCCACCGAAAGCAAAAUCCGCCGCUUGUUUCACUGCUGUUGGUGGGCAAAUGAUGUGGUGAAAAGGGAAACUAUUUUGGAAACUUUCGACCCGACAUUAUCUUUUGUGUGGCGUUUUCCUCUCCCCACUAACGUCGUGCCCGUGAGCCCGGUGUCAACGCGAUCUUUAUCCGGCUUUAUAAUUGACACACCGGUCUUAGCUGGUAAUGGUGAAAUAAUUCUGGAGAUCCCCGAUGCAAAAAAUUCAUUCAAAAACAUAAUAGCUUGGAAUGUUGCCACAGCCUCCUUGAGAAUAGUGGGGUCUUGGCAUUCACAUUAUGAGCCAAUGCAACUGCUGCCAAAGCGACUGUUGCCAAUUGCUGUGGGCACAAAUCUUUAUUUCUGGUUAGGAAGGAAACUUCAAAAGCUAUGCCUCAUUCGUGGAACACUAUCCCGGGAAGAUUUGCGGUACAAGGAUGAUACUGGCGAAAUCGUUUACGGGACACGGAUCGAGAACCUCUUAAUUUACGGUUAUUUAACAAGGGUCAGAUCCUCGUGUUCACUGCGAUUUCAUUGCUUGGACACUGUGACGGACCGGUGGAACAAUAUUUGCAUCCCCAAGUUAAAUAACGUACGUGAGAAAUUUGCCAUCGUUAAGCUUGACCAUCACUUGUACCUCCUGGGAGGAAGAGAACCACUAAAGAAUCCGUCUGAAUUGCGAGAACGUUGCGAAUCGAAAUAUGCGCUUGCCGCGCUCUCGGACGGUUCAAAAGCGAGUUUUAUGGCUCACGAGCUGUGACCGUUCCGGUUAUACGGCCAGCAGCACGUAGAGCAGAUAAGUCCUAAGCCGCUCAAUCCCGUUAACCAACUUAACUGCCAGGCGUAGCGGAAGCUCGUGUAUUUGACGAAUAUGGAAUAGCCAACCAGAAAUCGUGGAGAGAAGCUGCAGCUCGUGAACGGCCUCCAUUUGAAAAUCCGCCAAACAGAGCCAGAUUCUCUAUAACUCGUUGGUCUUAAGGGAACGGGCAAAAACACUUUAUUGUGGCUGCUGGGAAAAGGUCAAAUGCCAGAAAGAACAGCAAGUGACGGAGCCGCGGAAGUCAUACAUGUCAACGGUUUCUUAGAUUCUGUUGGGCUGCGCGUAUGUGCACAAAAAGAAGUACUGUACUAGCAUUAUUAGUGUUUCCCUUCACAAUUGAGAAAAUUAACUAGUGAAGUGCACCGCUCUUCGAUAGCACUGAAAGACCGAAGCAAAGCUAAAAAUAUUUCGACAAGUAUCUAGAACUGGGGAAAUGAUUUACACGCAGGGAUGUUGAAGCACUGAUCCAUUGCUCCUUUUUCCUGACUUUAAUUUCUAUGAUAAUGGCUGAUAGAAGACUGCAUAAUACGAAACACUUUUUCAGAUUUAUUUGUACCUAAUAUUUAAGAGCGACAUCUGUAUGCUUAGUUAAAAAAGCUGACGCAGCCGUUCUGUUUUUACUGUCAAUUUCGGGUCGGCCUACUUUACCUUUGCCGCCCCUUUGCCUUUGCCGUUUCACUUUGCCUUUUACAACUUAACCUUUACCUUUGCCUUUGCGGCCGUGAAUACCUUUGCCGUUUCGGUUUACCGUCGAAAAAUGCCGUUCAGAAAGCCUUUGCCGUUGAAUAACCGUUAAA